CUUCCUCUAGUGUUUGGAAGCCGUGAGGGUUUCUCGUGCAUAUUUUCUUUUUAUUCUUCUACGACCGCCUUUAUGACCGCUCAAGAUACUACCGACGAAGAGACGCCCCUCCUCCAGCAGGAGGGGGAAAAUCACCCCAAGAAGCGUACAGCCAUUCCAUGGGCACAAGUAUCCCUGCUCCUUGUUCUUCAAUUGUCAGAGCCCCUCACAUCACAAGUCAUAUAUCCCUUUGCUCCUGAGUUUGUGAGGAAGUCUGGGGUCACACACGGAGAUGAGUCCAGAGUGGGCACGUAUGUAGGGUUGAUGCAAUCCAUCUUCUAUGCUACCCAAGCGAUGACUGUCCUUCACUGGAGUCGCACGUCCGACAUUGUCGGCAGAAAACCUGUCAUUUUGACAGGAUUAUUCGGGCUUUCAAUCUCGAUGUAUUGUUUCGGUUUGAGCAGGACGUAUUGGGGCGCCGUGGCAAGUCGAAGCUUCAACGGUGCGCUCAACGGCAACAUCGGUGUUUUGAAAUCGAUGGUAGCAGAGAUUGCGGACCCCACGAACCUUGCUCAGAUCUAUGCGCUCCUACCUAUUUCCUGGCUCACUGGCUCUGUUUUGGGCCCCAUGGUUGGCGGUUCUCUUUCUCGGCCCGCAGAACGAUUCCCCGACACAUUUGGCCACUCAGAAUUCCUCAAGAAGUAUCCUUACUUCCUCGCCUGCGCUGUCCCGGCGACUUUCUCCGCACUUGCAUGGGUCAUCACCUUCACAUUCCUCAAAGAGACCGUACGUUCACCCACGCCGAUUCGCCGAUUAUUCACCUCGAAGAAGAGCAAACAAGAGCUCGCAGACGAGGCCUCCGCGCCGCCGGUGGAUGAAGCAGACAAACCAUAUCCUAUACAUGCCCUCUUGGUUCCGCGUGUCCUCAUAGCAUCUGCUAACUAUGCUUCCCUCUCUCUGAUGGACAUCGCAUACCGUGCCGUUCAGCCACUGUUCUUCUCCACGCCCAUAGAGAUGGGCGGGCUCGGCCUGUCCCCUCCCGUUAUCGGCUACCUCCUCGCCUUCUUUGGUCUUUUCAAUGGCUUGUUCCAAAUCUUCUUCUUCGCCAGGAUCAAUGACCACUUCGGGACGAAGAAGGUUUUCGUGGCAGGCAUGCUUACCUUCAUUCCGGUUUUUGCUCUGUUCCCCAUUAUGAGUGCACUAGCCAAGGAGGCGCAAGCAGUGACUACACUCGUGUGGAUCAUUGCCGGUUUCCAAACCCUGCUGUCGAUUGCUGUCUCGCUCUCAUAUGGAUGUUCCUUCAUUUUCAUUGCCGCUUCAUCCCCGAACAAGGCCUCUCUCGGUGCCACGAACGGUAUCGCCCAACUCGGUACAUCAGUCAUGAGAACGAUUGGCCCGGCCGCAGCAAACUCGCUGUUCUCGCUGUCGAUGAAGCACGGAAUUCUCAACGGGUAUUUCGUCUAUCUUGUGCUUACAAUAGCUUCUGGUGUGGCGGUGGCGUUCUCUACGACCCUCCCGACGCAGGUGUGGAGGAAGUAGGUGGCUUGGUGCGGUUUCACGACUUACGACUUUUCCCAAACCAGCACUUGGUUCUUUCUUUUUUUAUGGAUGCAAUUCUUUAGAUAUCUCCCGCUGCAUUCACAUGUUUAUACUCUUUCACUAUUUUUCGGAUCAAUCAUCAUUUCCAGGGGAUGUUUCUGCCAUGCAUAUCGUCUGGAUACCAAAAAAGAACGAGUACUUAGGAGCCCGAUUUUAACUCCGUUCUCUUCAUGAUCGCUACUGUUAGCACACAAAUACAAAAGUGC